UUGUAUCAAGAAAAUGCAAUGGCCGCCAUCUUCGAGUCUUGUGAAUGUUUUGGUCGUAGUUUCAGACUUUAAGGCCUUUUUCGUAUGUGCUAUGCAAUUACUUGAUGAAAACGGUUUCGCUGUAUCAUAGGUGUUAUUGUUUCGUUUACGUACAGGAAACGAAAUAAAGAGACUUUCGACAAUUUUCUGGAACAAUGACCUCGACAGUCUUAUAGUAUUUGUGGACUAAAAAUAUUUUGCUAUGAACGUAAAGAUGUUCAGCCCACUUUAUUGUGAGGAUAACGAAGACGUGAGGGUAAAAAGACGAUUUUCGAUUGCAGUCACAUAAAUAAGUUCGGAGGCCCAGGGGCUCUCCGACGCGUCAUCUGGGGCUCGACCCAAGAUGGUAUUCACAGCAUGUCUGCUACAUCAGAAUAUGAAUCUACGGCCCGGCAAGAUUACGGGCCGACCACCUCCAGUGAAAAUAUGUAUGAGCAUGUUUUGGAACACAAAUUAACAGAUAACAUGAAUGUAUCAAGCAUUAGAACUCCAGUUUUAAGGCCGGUACCUCUAUCACCUUUAGAAGGUGAUCCUGAACCCGAUUCAACAAAUCCAGAGAGUAUUAUCCAAUCUAUACACAAAGUAGAUAAAGAAGUAGAUUUUCGUAUUAAUGAUAAACAUUGUGAUACCGAAAUGUCUGUCGAUUCUUUGUCCAGAAUUGUGAGAAUAGAAGAAACUACCCUAGAUAAUGUGGGCCGCAUUGCAUACCCCAUAUUACAAGAAACCGAGGAUUCUGGAGAUGCAAAUUAUGUAGAAAAUGCUACUACAUUAAUCCAGGCCCCAUUGAACACAGCAAUCAUGCAGAAUGUUACCAAACUCCCACAGAACUUUACAAUUAAUGUAGAUGCCGCAGUAGGCAAUAUAACUGCAAUACAGAAUGUCGCACAAGAUGCCUCGGGCAGCCAAACCUUGUGGUUACCCACUAUUCUCACAACCAGUGCCCCUCCGGAUAUUAAGAAUGAUGAUGAAAGGCCUCCUGGUGUAUCUCAAAUAAUAAUUACCAGUGAAAGUUAUGUUAAUGACACAAAUCAGGCAGGCAGAAGAACUAAUAUUAUUGAAACUAAUUAUAUUGGCCGACCUAAGGCAUCAAAAGUUCAGAUUUUGAGUAAUAUUUCUCUUCCAAAGAGUCCUACUUUUGCUCAGCAAUUUAUAUCACAAGAUAAGGAGUUCACAACUCCUGUUUAUGGAACUCAGAAUCAUGUUUAUAAGUUGAGUGCUAAUGUUGUUACACAGAAACAUUUAAACAGUUCUGUGUUGAACAUAAAGUCUCCCAAAAGCCAGUCCCUUAUUGGUUGUUCUUCACUAUCACCUACUAUAAUAAAUAAUAGUCCUAUUAAGAAUGUCUCUUAUAGCCAUACAUAUACUAAGAGCACAAAUUUGAAUAAGGCAAUAAACAAAGUUAAUAAUGGUGCUAAUUUAAAUACUAUGGUGGCAGCCUCUACUGGCAAUACGCAGUGCCAUAUUUUAUCUCGUGUUGUCUCCGGGCCAAAUAAAAUGUCUGUGCACUCUGGAAGAAAAUCUGUAAAUACAAUAAAAAGUUCCAAGAGCACAAAUCAAGGGUCCGGUCAAAAGGAAUCCAGAGCUAUUAAAAUAAUACAACAGGCUGGAUCAUCUCAUAAAACAGAAGGAAAAUCGUGGCCCUUGGCCAGUGUGACUUAUAAGAACCAACAGAAUAUUGGUGUGUUGGAAACAAGCCCCUCAAAGAUUAUUCAAAAAGUUGGAAGUCCCGCACCUAAAAGUCAAUCGCUAUCAUUUCAGAAGGUUUCAAAAAGUGAUCGUUUAGUACUCCAAUCACCUUGUGGUCCCGUGUUGCUUUCCACUGCUCCAUUAAAUAUAAAUCUUCCUAAAGGUCCACACUAUGUCCAGUCGGGGUCGACACCAAAUCUUCGGUAUGUCCAGACUUAUGCACCAUCAGAUAACCAACUAUCUACUGUGACUCAAGUCUCAGCAAAUCAGCAACUUACAGAGCAGAUUUUGCAGUCACUGUCUCAGCCUAAACUUGUAUUGCAUCAAAGUCCUACUGUCAACCAUACAAUAAUCCCACCACCAAUAAUUGAAGAACCAGCAGAAAUAAAACCAUUAAAUCAAAAACGAAUUGUAUUUGGUGACAAGUCAACAUUAACAACAGCAGAUGAUAUAGUUGGAAUGGAAGAGAGGCCUAAUUUGUCAGAAGAACUCCGUAGAUAUUCUUAUCAAGCCUUGGCAUUUAUCAUGUUGGAUCAUACAUACUCUUUGCCAGCACAGAAACAGCCAGCGGUUUCCACUCCUCCUCCACCUGUCACAACAUCAGCACCAGCGGUUGUGUCUCCAGCUCCGAUCACGACACCAAUGAGCCCAUUGAAAAGAAAUUCUCCUGUGAUAAUGUCAACGGCAGCAUUUGAUGUGCCACCGGCAACAGUUCCAGCUAGUGUAGCUGUUAUUCAACCUCCUGUGACAUCAGUGCAGACCGGAGUACUUGCAUUUAAGUCGACUCCAUCUGUAACAACCCAAGAUGACGAUGCUGCCUCGGUUAUAUCUUCCAUAGAUGGGGACCGAGCUCAAGGUCCCCGAGGAGGCAGUGACACAGAAACGGCUCCCGAAGGAGAGGAGGAGGGACAAACGCGAUGCAUUUGUGACUUCACUCAUGACGAUGGCUACAUGAUAUGCUGCGAUAGAUGUGGGGAAUGGCAGCACGUUGAUUGCAUGGGUAUAGAUAGACAAAACAUACCUGAUGCUUACAUGUGCGAGGUGUGCCAGCCGCGCCCCAUAGAUAGACGUCACGCUCGUGCCAUACAGCUGAGGAAGAGGGAGGAAUUGAGCGCUCUCGCCGGCUCCGACUCGGACUCCUCGGAGACGCCGCACCUCGCCGGCCAGCGACGGAAGAGGCUACUUACCGUCACUACAUAUACGAACACGAGCGGCUCAUGUGUUACCACAUACAACUCUAAUGUACCAGUUCUGCCACCAUUGCCUCAGCCAACUUUAGCAUUACCAAAACGCGGUCCAAAAAGACCCAAGAAAGCCGAAAUGGUACGAAAAGGUGCUAAAAGAAAACUCGCCGAAAAGAGAGUUAAACGUAAGAAAGACAUGUUAAAUCGAACAAAAUAUAACAGCGGUCUUGCAAACCAAUCACACUGGCAGGAUUCCUACGAAGCUGCCAUGACAAAUCACUAUAGUCCCGAACUAAGAGCUAAGAUCAUGAAAUACAGCAGCAAGCUCGGUAGCUCCCAAAGCAUGGCGUCGGCAAUAACUGCGCAUUUAUGUACCACUGUCCCGCACGCAGGCGGUAAAAUACUGAUCGCCACAAAGGAUCUCAAAGAAAACACUCCAGUAAUAGAAUUACGCGGCAAAUAUAUGUUAUCAAACCAACACAGGCCGCAACUACAGAACACCGCACGAGCCGGAAGCCAAAAACCUGGACCCUUCGUAUUCUUCUACAGACUACCAAAAGAUAACACUCAGAUAUGUAUUGAUACCAGAACAUAUGGAAAUGAAGCCAGAUUUGUUAGACGUUCGUGCAAACCUAAUGCCGAGCUUCAACAUUGUAUCAUAAAGGGUGCCCUACACGUCUACUUAGUGACCAUUGGUGUCGUCCAAUCCAACACGGAAAUAACUGUCGGUCACGACACUAACGGCAGCAAACAACCUUGUGCAUGUGGCAAUCCAAAACACUGCAAAGUUAAUGGAUUGAAUCCUAUAGUUACCAGAAAGAGUAUUGAUUAUCCUCAGAGAGAAAAACGAAGCAGAAACAGAUGUUACAGUUCCUCGUCACCUGUCUCUCCUCCACUUCUCCAGAUGCCGACAACGCCGGUCAAAGAGAGUCCGCCGCCGUUCAUGCAAAUAAAAAACGAAAAUAGAUCACCUAUAAAACACGAAUUUUCACCGAUGUCACCGAUCAAAACCACCCUCAAUCUUAGCUUCGACGAGCCCAUUAAAACUGAACCAUUCGAAGAUAUAAAAUCAGAAAUAGAUUUAAUGGCCAAGGAGGAAAUGAAACCGGAGCUUGAUGAACCAGAUUAUGUCGAUUCUGAUCUAAAACAUGAGCAGAUUCAACCUGAAGAUUUAAUACCUGAUAUUAAACCGGUUGUAGAGGAAGCGCCAUUACCACCAUCCCCGAUUCUGCCACCGCCAAUCCUACCACCACCAGUCUUAUCACCGCCAAUCCUACAACCACCAGUCCUACAACCACAAGUCCUACCACCUCCAGUCCUACUACCGCCAGUUCUACCAGCGCCAACCCCACUGCCAUCAGUCCUACCACCGCCAGUCCUACUGCCACCACCACAACAAGCGCCACCACCCUCACCGCCGCCUGCACCUCCUGUAGCCAUCAAAGAGGAACCCAUGGAAAUCAUUAAAGAGGAAGCCAGCAUUAAAAUAGACAAAAUAUUACCAAAAGAAGUUAAAGAAGAAAUAAUGGAAGUUAAAAAACCUAAGGAAGUACCUAAAGUCGAAGACGAAAAGCCUGUCAUUAAAGAAGAAAGAAAAGAAGUUGUCGCAAAGUCCGCCUGUCACGACAGGUCUGCCCGCUCCAGUAGGACCACAUGCACCAAUCAGGAUUCUUUGGAUGACAAAACUGAUGACUCCCAGGACAAACUUCCCGUGUCUACCAGUCAAAAGGAUAAAAAGAAAAUGACUCGCGAGGAACGAAAAAUGGAAGCCAUAAUGAAAGCUUUUGAACGUAUGGAAAAAGCGGAACAACGGAAACAGGAGGUGAAAGAACGCCAGAAAAGAAGAGAAUCUGAUCCACAUCCCAACAGCAUGGACAGAGAUGAAGAAGAGGAACUUCAUGUCAAUACUAAAAAACGAAAAAGACGUAAGGGUCGUGCCAGAACAACAUCGCAAUCGAAUAGACGUCGUCUUAACUCUGCGGACAGUGAUAUGGUGACGUCAGGGGAUGAAGCACAACCCCUCUCCCCUCCACCGAGAGCCGCGCCCGCAGUGGACCUGCCACAUCCCACCACAGAAGAACGACCACAUGAAGUUAUUAAUGAGGAUAUUGGCCUAAGCUCGGCAUGUCUUCUAGUGGAAGCAGCCGUCGGUUCAGUCGAGUCUGCGUUCAAAUUGCCUAAAACUAAGAAAACGAUGGCCACAGAAUGGAUAGGACGGUCUCCGGAACGUACUCCAUCUCCAUAUCAUUCACCGUACAGACCAGCUCUGGUAUCCGCACCGUCGCUGGAGAGCUUGGUUAGAGUCGCCUCGACUAUGAUAGGAGACCUCAGUGGACAGGAUAUGGAGCAUGAAGAGGAACCUUCGGCCAUCUCACCGCCAAGAACACCAGGACGGGAACGCAAUAGACCACCGAAGAAAGCCAAAAGAAUUACCCGCAGCACUCCAACCGAACCAGUGGAAGUGGUCCCCGCAGCAUUGCCACAGCACAGUGCUAAGAAACGUUGGCUGAGACAAGCCAUCAGUGAAGAAAGCGACUCCCCUGUUAUAGAACCAUUUGUUGCAGAAUCACCUCCUAACGAAAUGGUAACACCGCUGAAGAAAAGAAGAGUCGCAAGAGAAUCAUUAGGUUGUGAAACUAAUCCUAUUAUCCAUUGCAUGGAGGAGACAUCUCCAUAUAUGGCUUCCGAAGAUUCCCCCGUCAAAGACGAUCCCCAAUCUAUCACAAGAACACAGUACAAACGAAAUAUAAUGGAGUGUAUGUACAGCAGAGACAGGACUCGCUCCGACAGCGGACAGGGCUCUGAUGACCAAUGCAAUAUGGAUCAUGAUGUUUUGAAUGUCAACAUUAAAGUACCACAUGAUACAGAAAAUAUAAGAAGGAUAAUAGGCGUUCCUACACCGGAAGAAGAAAUAACACCACAAUUUACCAAACCUGAGGACAUAAAUACCAAUAAUAACAACCUAGAAAUGGAGGAGAGCAAUUACAACAAAGUUGUCCCCAUGGAGAUAGAUACAACGAUCAUCACACAAGCAAAGAUUCAAGAAUCAAAUGAUAACAGUAUUAGUGAACUGAAGGGAAUAGAGAGCCCCAACGACAAAGUUCACAGCUCACAGUCUGCGGACACGAGCGGCAACUCGUCCCCGCAGCGCGACGAGAUGGACGAUAUACAGAAGAAAAUACAUUCAUUCCACACAGAGAACAUACUCAUACUCAAGAGUAGGAAUAAGAAACCACCAAAGGAGAAACGGAAGAAGGUCAACCUUAAUUUUGACCUGAACAUGGUGGACGAUCAGAUCAGUAUUCAGCUGCGGACAGAAAACGACACCAACUCAAAAUCUUGCGAAGUGAACGGCGACCUGCACGAUGACCACAGCAACUCCAUUCACGACGACGUGAAGAUCCACGUGUCUCCGGAGAACAUACCGCUGCCGCCCGUCGAGACCAUACCUCUGCCGGCCUCCGACAACAUCCUCGUGCCCGCGCCGGAGAAUAUACCGCUCCCCGAGGAGCCCAGCCCCAUGCCCCUGGUCGCCCCGCCGGAGACCAUCCCGCUGCCCGAGGAGCCCAUGACACUGUCGACUGGUACGGCCAACAUCAGCAAUGCAAAGUUAUCACCAGUUGUCAGCAAGCCGGAAGAAAAGGAGGUCGUUUUGCCGGAAAGACCUUCCGUCCUGGACUCGACCGUGCCGUUCUCGACGCGGUUCAGCUCGACGGGACUCUUCUCCGGCAUCUUCAGCAACCUAUCGAACUCGUUCAAAUUGGACAGUCCCAUCAACGAGAACAUACCAAAUAUGUCUAUCAUAAAGAGUGCAAUAGAUAGGACUACAAGUUUAGACAAUAGUUUAUUCGAUAAGGACCCGAUCGCACCGGUGGACGAAUUGAAAAGUGUUCAGGAGAUAUUGACUCGUGUGAAUAAUAUGGACUCUAACAAUAGUGUGUUGUUAUCGGGAGUGCUGAAGAGCUCCAACAAGAGCGCGGCGGCGUCGCCCUCGCCCUCGCCUUCGCCCAAACCCGGCAAGCCGUACGGCGCCGGCGCCCGCAACGACCCGCGCCUCAACCCGCCGCCUGCUGACAAACCCAAGCCCGUCCGCAGGAAGCUCUCUAUAACGGAAUACCGCAAGCGGCACAAGUGCACGGCGAGUGGGGGUGGGGGUGGAGGUUCUCCCGCGGGCGGGGAGGGCGCGGAGGGGGGUGAGGGUGGGGGCGAGUGGUCGUCGGAGUCGUCUGGCGGCGCCUCUCUGUCCCCUCAGCGUCUGGACGCCGCCGCCGCAGCCGCCGUCGAUGACCUCGAGCAGCGCCUGCACAGGGACCUCAGCACCGCGCACACGCCCAAAGGGGUAUUUGACGCACAGCCGACGGCCUCGGAACGUCAACGUGAGAAUCUGAGCUCGCGACUGCGGCGGGAGUUUGGUCUGGCGUUGCCUGACGAUGACGACGCGAGGGACACGCACGCCCAUGUUGCCCACGUCGCCCACCCCGCGGUACCUGCCCACGCCCCACUCGGCGCCCACGCCCCACUCGGCGCCCACGCCCCACUCGGCGCCCACGCCCCACUCGGCGCCCACGCCCCACUCGGCGCCCACCCCGCGCACGAUGUGACAAGUUCUCGGCGCAGUGACAGAUAGUGUCAGGCGGCGGUCUCCCGCUGGAAAUAUAAACAAUACAUAUAUUUGUAAAUCUCAGCCAUGUCUGUAUGUAACGAUAUAGUUAUAUAUCUUUUAUAUGAACUGAAAGUGUACGAAGCAAUCUGUGUAUAUAUUUCACCUUACAUUACUUUUAAUAUUUCUAUAUAAUUCACGGUUUUUCUGCAAGUACAAAUUGUUUUUUUUUUUUUUAUUUCUCCUGUGUACAUAUUGUAUAUAGGCGAGUCUAGAUAAGGUUAUAUAAAGUACGUAUGUAUGAUGGUAUAUAAUGUUUGUUUUUAUAUAUGUUAUUCGUAUGUAUUUUUAUGAACCUAUUUAUUAAGGGGGUUUGUCGGCUCUGGAGUUUUGUACGCAUAAUGCAUAAGUAAAUUAUAGUUGUUUUUUUUUUUUCGUUUUACCCUCCCUUUUUGUAUGGUAGGUUGCCGUAGAUAAAUAGGUAUCUAGGUAAUGUAGUGUUAGACUCAGAUUUAAGGUUAUUAAGAACUAUAAUUUAAGGGUGUUUUUUUUUUGAAACUGUGUUAAUAUUGUAAGGGGUCGUUUGAACAUCACAUGUGUCGGGCAGCUGGUUGCCUUUUUUAUUGUCCCACCCUCAGACACGUGUCGGAUAUAUCACAAAAUGCAGAUAUAAAUCACAACGUGAUAUACUGACUGUGAUACAUAUCACAUUGUAGAUUAAAAAUUGCAUAAAUGUAUUUUGUUUUUAAAGCAUUUUUGUAUGUUUAUUACAUAAACUAGUUUUAUAAUAUAUAUGUGAUUUUGAAGAGCAAUGAAAUUCUGUCAUUUUUUUUAUUGCUUUCUCUUAACUCUUGUAUGCCAUAGUAAUGUGAACUUUAUUCGUAUAGCAAUAAGAGCGGAGUUAGCGCACAUCAUCAUUUUAUUUAGGAAAUGCAACAUUUUGAAACUAAACACAACAUACUUUCUGUUCGUCAUUUUGCAAAAUAUUCUAUUUGUUAUUUGGUGUAAUUUUCAUU